CGGAAGUGGCAUAGCGUCCAGCUUAACAGACACGAAAAUAAACAUUUUAUUUUGGAAGACUUGUACCGGAAGCCGAGGGCUUUAUUUUGGCUGUAGAUCUGUCAGUAACAGGUAAAAACAGCGGCAGCGACCUGUCUAUCGGGGACUUCGCCUUCAGUCCGAGAUGUGCUUGAUCACAACAGCAGCUUUUACGCGGAGUGACUGAUAACAGCAUACGCGUUACGUAAAGGGACAAAACAGAAACUGCCAAGCUCCAGCUGCAAACUUUUCUCGCACCUUUGCUCUGCACCUUUGCCUGCUCCAGACAUGUCCUCCUCCAACAACAACAACCACAACACGGCAAGCUUCGGCGAGGCGAGGAAAGUGGCUAUUUUCGGGGGGACGCACGGCAACGAGAUGUCGGGGGUGACGCUCGUCAAUCUGUGGAUCAAAAACAGCGCCGAGAUCCAGAGGAGAGGGCUCGAGAUCAAACCUUUCAUUGCCAACCCGAAGGCUGUGGAGAAGUGCAGCAGAUAUGUGGACACGGAUCUGAACCGAGCCUUCACCCCGGAAAAUCUCAGUGCCCACGGAGGCGAUGACUUACCCUACGAGGUGCGGAGAGCCCAGGAGAUCAACAGGAUAUUUGGACCCAAAGGGAGCCCAGAGGCCUAUGACGUCAUCUUUGACCUCCACAACACCACGUCUAACAUGGGCAGCACUCUGAUUCUGGAAAGCUCCAAAGAUCACUUCAACCUCCAGAUGAUGAAUUACAUAAAGAAAGCCAUCGCUCCAGCCAGUUGUCUCGUUCUGAUGAAUGAACACCCUCUCCUGAAAUAUUCCACUUCACGCUCUGUGGCCAAGCACCCCGUUGGUCUGGAAGUUGGCCCUCAGCCUCAAGGUGUUUUGAGGAGUAACAUCUUUGAAGCUAUGAGAGUGAUACUGAAGCACGCCCUGGACUUCAUUGAACUUUUUAACGAAGGAAUGGAGUUCCCCCCCUGUACGGUGGAAGUCUUCUGGGUCUCUGAGAGGAUCGAUUACCCCAGAGAUGCCAAUGGAAACAUCAUCGCCAUGGUCCACCCCAAUCUGCAGGACUGUGACUGGGAGCCACUGAACCCUGGUGACCCAAUGUUCCAAACGUUCGAUGGAAAGACAAUCCACUACCAAGGCUCAGGCACCGUCUAUCCCACUUUUAUUAAUGAGGCAGCCUAUUAUGAGAAACAACAAGCAUUUCUUACCACCAGGCGAGAAACCUUGGUUGCAAGUGCCAUCAGGAAAGCAUGAAGGAUGCUCUGUGAGGCUAAUAACAAAUAAUGUGUUAGCCACUACAGAGAUUUUUAUGUAGAUUUUGCACGUUGCCCUAUUAGCAAAUUACAGAUUCUCUGUACAUAAUGACUAAAUACCAUCUUUUAGACUCUGGAUUAUCUUUUUUUUUUUAUGUGUUUGCUAUCAUAAAAUCAAAUAACUAUGCAAAGGAUCAUUUAUGGAGAUGUUGCAAAGUCUUCAAUUUGAUUACUGGUAUAUUAUUGUGGUAAGUAUUUAUGAUACUCUUAUUUAAAAUAAUUAUUUACAUUAAAUCAACUAAACUUUUAUAUUAUUAAAGGCCAGGUCUAAUCAAUCAUGGCUUCUAAAUCACUCUAACCCUCUUUGUUUCCUACUACCACUCAGGAAGGCCAUAGAGGAUCGUAACCUGCAAUUUUUGACCCGAAACUGUUGUCGUCUUCUGAAAUUAUACUUGUAACAUCUAUUGGGGUGUGUUGUGUGGCCUUUGAUACUACCUACCUGUAACUCCAGUGGUUGCAUCUGUGGUGCUGUCCUAUUGUUGCCUUAUUAGGGGUUUCACAGAAAUUUGCACAACAAAUUUAAAGUGAAAUUUGUAGAUUAUAUGUGCUGAAUAAUGUGUUAUUUUGAUAAGAAAUGGUAUAUGUUCUCUUCCUCUACAUGAAAUGGAUAUUGUUUGUAACAAUAUACGUGUCUAUUUUGAUAUCCCUGUUACGUAUGUUUGACUUUAAGUGUCGUAUAUGACUUGUUAAAUCAUGGAAAACAUGUACUUUCUAAUGUUUUAAUGUCUCUUUUCUUGAAGUGUAGCACUGUCGUCUUUCAGUAAGUCACUUUUCAAUCAGCAAUAUUUUUAUUAGUCAUUUUUGCAGCUGGUGAAGUAUUGAGGAAAUGAACCAUUCAAUAAAUGUAGUACCGUUCUAUAUAA